ACCCGAGCGAGACACACGCGGCGAUUUAUCACGCACGUUCACGGUAUUUUCAAUGGCGUUCAGUGCCUUUAAAUGGGGAGGCGUCGCGGUCGGCGUUACAGCUGCUGCUGCUGCCGGCUGUUAUCUGCUUUAUCAGAAAUGGGGUAAAGCACCAAAGAGCACCGCAACUGUCGCGGUGCAGACGGAGCUGGUGGAAGACAUUCCACAGAACAUGAGACAGGCAGACAGGACACAGCUGGAAGGAAUAGCUGAGGACAUCAGACAGAUACGAAACAUUUUGGAGCGCAAUAAAGAGUUAGAAAGGGCAGAGAUAGGACAACAUAUGGAGGACAAUAGAGAGUUAGGAGGGGCACAGAUAGGACAAAAUAUGCAGGACAAUAGAGAGUUAGAAAGGGCACAGAUAGGACAAAAUAUGGAGGACAAUAGAGAGUUAGGAGGGGCAGAGAUAGGACAAAAUAUGGAGGACAAUAGAGAGUUAGAAAGGGCACAGAUAGGACAAAAUUUGCAGGACAAUAGAGAGUUAGGAGGGGCAGAGAUAGGACAAAAUAUGGAGGACAAUAGAGAGUUAGAAAGGGCACAGAUAGGACAAAAUUUGCAGGACAAUAGAGAGUUAGGAGGGGCAGAGAUAGGACAAAAUAUGGAGGACAAUAGAGAGUUAGAAAGGGCACAGAUAGGACAAAAUUUGCAGGACUUUGGAGAGUUAGAAAGAGCACUGUUUGAAACCAUUUCUGAGAGCAAUAGAGACAGAGCAAGGCCACUGGUGACCAAUUUGGAAUUCAGUAGACAGAGUGGGCAGUCCUUACAUUUAAAUUACGGCAGAUAUCGUCCCUCUUUAUUUGACCGGGCUGUGGUCUGGCUCCGCAAUGCACUGACUGGUUAACAUCCUAGCUGUGGAGGGGAGGAAGACCACAAGGAUCAUAUGAAAGAGACCAGACAAGUGUUUAAGUCCCUGCUCAGGGGCCCAACUGUGGCAACUUUGCAGCAAUGGGGCUUAAACCAGCAACCUUCUGAUUAAUAAUAAUAAUAAAAAACAGACAGCGUUUAAGUCCAUGCUCAGGGGCCCAACGGUGGCAACUUUGCAGCAAUAGGGCUUAAACCAGCAACCUUCUGAUUACUAAUACAAAAAAACAGACAGUGUUUAAGUCCUUGUUUAGGGGCCCAACUGUGGUUUAGUCUGUAAAGUUGCUUUGAGACAAUGUCUAUUGUAAAUGCUAUAAAUAAAUUGACUGCUCUAAAAGUAAA